AAAGAUCAUCAUCAAGAUCAUCCUACAUCACUAUUCCCAUAUCUCUAUGGCCUCAUCAUCAAUAAUAUUGCUCGUUCUUGUUACAUUUGCUAUUCGUGAUGCACAUGCAAGCGUAAAUUCAUGGAGUUAUGCAGCUCAUAAUAACAUAGUUGGACGUAGUACAUUGGCUAUUUUCAAUCAUCAACAACGCCCUAAGUUUGUAUCUGGCCAAUGGAUGCAAGCUCAUGCUACCUUUUAUGAAGGAGGUUCCGGCACAUAUGGAGGAGCUUGUGGGUAUGAGGAUGUGGUUAAAGACGGUUAUGGGAUGGAGAUAGCAGCAUUGAGCACAGUUAUGUUUAAAGGUGGUGAAGCAUGCGGUGGAUGCUACGAGAUCAAAUGUGCAUCAGAUUCAACUCAAGGAUGCAAUAAUGCAGGAAGAGGACAAUCCUCCAUCUUUGUAACCGCAACAAACCUUUGCCCCCCAAACUACAAUCAAGCAAGUAAUAAUGGAGGAUGGUGCAACUCUCCACGAGAGCACUUUGAUUUGGCCAAACCUACAUUCCUCAAAAUUGCUCAGUACAAGACCGGCAUUGUCCCAGUUCAAUACCGCAGAGUACCAUGCAAGAAAUGGGGAGGAAUCAGGUACACCAUAACUGGGAAUCCUUACUUUAAUCUAGUCAAAGUGUGGAAUGUUGGAGGUGCUGGGGAUGUGGUGGGAGUUCAAGUGAAGGGUGAUACGAAGCUCAAAUGGAUAGAAUUAAAGCGAAAUUGGGGCCAAAAAUGGGAGACAAAAGCUAUGUUAGUCGGAGAAUCAUUAACAUUUAGGGUCAAAGCAAGUGAUGGAAGGUACUCCACCUCAUGGCAUGUCGCCCCCAAGAAUUGGCAGUUUGGUCAGACUUUUGAAGGCAAAAACUUCAAAUAAAAUAGCAACAUUAGUUUUUCGUAUUUUAAGUAAAGCAUUAAACAGUGAAUUCAAGUUCCUCCUCCUUCUACAUAUCUUCUUAGCUUACUAUUGU